AUGCCACCUAACAACGUUACAGAAUAUAAGAAGAAUGCUGAAUCGCUAUACCGACCCAUCGAUCCAUUCAAACCAUCGAUCGCAUUCAGCCUCAAGCAUCUCUUUUCGUCUCGUCACGAGGAGACGACUAUAGACCAUAUUCCUGUUCGCUCACACCUCCCUCCUCAUCUUAUACCUGCACGUCCUGCAUGGCGAAGUUCUUCUGCUCCACGACGACGACCACGGAUCACAGGGAGGGUGUAUGAAUCUGCUGGAUCCUUCGAAAGGGAUAGGCGACAAACGACACCAUCACGGCGUCGUCGUUCAUCUGAAGGAUCGGAAGACAGCCUUGCCUCAUCGCCAGCAUCACGCUCCUCCCGUCACCGCUCUGUAUCCAGAUCGCGGUCGAGAAGCCCAAGACGGUGGUCGAACCCGGCGAGUGCGCCUCGACCUGUUGUAGCCCCUCAACCAACGGUGAUCAUCCCGCCUUCUCCAUCAAUACCGACUCCAGUUUCCCGUGCUGGUUCGGACUCGAGCCCGAGAGAGAGCGUGCAUGAGGGCCUUGAGGAUGAAAGAUCUGCAAGCUCAGCACCAUUAGACUUGGAGUUUGACACCACACCAUCUCCCACGUCCAGCCUCCGUUCUGUAAGAAGAGGUCGUCGAGGAAGAUCUACAAGCUCAGCACGUUCUUCAAUCUCUCCGCCAGUGCUUAUAAUCGCCCAGCCUCCGGCCCAAGCCCCGCCACCGGUUUUGCAGCCCCUUCCGUUUAUUGAACGUGAUGACCAGCCUCCUGUGGCACGUCCUUAUAGCAGAAGAAGCCGCUCCAGGAGUCCAAGCAGACCUCUAAUGCCCAUAAUAAUCCCCCCUGUCCAAAUUUCAGCGAUAUCUCCCUCUGUUGAACCUAGUCAAUCCCGUCCUCCCAUUGUAGUCCCGCCUCCAGUCACUGUCUUCCCAUUUCCCGGUAUGCGAAGGCCAGACGAUCCAGGAAACCCCGCGAUCGAAGGGUGUGUCUCUCUUGGAUCGGAGUAUGCUGACCCGGAAGAAACGACCAAACCUAGCCUGCAAGCAUACGUGCUAGCCUUCGCAGUCGACACUCUGCCCCGUCAGAUGUACCUCCACCUCCUCCUGCGACUGCCCUACCUCUAUUUCUCGCGAGUUACGAGAAUCUUCGAGGAAGCAGAGAUGUCGAUGCCUCAGAUCAAGGAAUGUGUCAUGGAGGCAGCGACGGCUACGAAAAGCCCUCAAGAGCUUGCUAUGGCCUUUGGCCAUAACCCACCUGUGCGAAGUCCUUCGUUCGAGAGCCUCCAGAACACAUGGCACUCGUUCAUCGACUCGUUGAUGCGAGAAUGGAAGACCCUGAACAUCAUCUCGGUUCUCCUCCUUUCAGCCAUCUUGACGAUAUUGCAAAUUGAUAGUGCCGCGAACGAUCCUCUGACGAGAUACGCGGCGUUGCUGUCGAUGAUGUGCGCCUUGAUGAGCCUCAUCUACGGGUGUAUCUACAUCAUCCGAUUUGGAGCGGUGAGGAAAGCAUAUAAAGCUGCAGAAUGGGCCCAUGAGGCACAAAAAACCAAAACCGGAAUACUAUGGAACGUUUGGGUGCUCCUUGCCAUGCCGGCUACAUGGCUAGCAUGGUCUAUGAUCCUAUACGUUGUCUGCAUCAUGUCCUUCGUAUGGCGGACCGGGACCAUCGAUGACGCCGAGAGAGGGCUGCCCACAUAUCACGAAGUUCUUGCUCCUCGGAUCGUCAUCACCGUUGUUCUGUUCUUCGGCAUCACGUACUUCGUCCUUAUCACCAACACUCUCAGACGGUACGGAGAGAGCAUGGACCGUGCUUGGCAGCGCCGAAUCAUGCAGUGGCUGGGCGACGGUGUUCCUCAGGCGCAUAGUGUGCACACGUCUUCCGCCCCAUCGGAUUAUAAAUACAAUCCUCUCGUUCAGCCGUACAGCAGGAUAUCGACGCCUCAUUCCUUCAAGUUUGUCGCGACACUGCCCCCAGCUCCAAGCAUCUGCAAAGAAUUAGCACCGAGUCUUUCGAGCACUCCUGUCGUCAAUGUCGAAUCGCAGACUGGACCUGAUAUUAAGAUGACGAGGCUCCUCACCCUACCUCCCAGUGAGCCGACGUCGGCGCUCAAUGACGAACCUUUCGGUUUCGGCGACGAAGGCUUGACGGCAACACAGAUACCAGAGGAAAAGAAGGACUUGUUCGUUUCGGAUAUUCGCGAAGCCUGGGACCCAACGAAACCUGAUCGCGUAUUUCGCACGUUAUCGAGCUGGAAUAACGAGUUCUUCUACCCUCGCGAUGGCCAAGUUGCACUUUGCAGAGAGUACGACGCUUCCGACGUGACGAUGCACGCCCUCUAUCAUUUCUCCACUCGGGAGCAGCUGCCACCAUCUGCGCGUCGAUACCCACCUAUCCUCGACAACUUGAAAAGGGUGGAUAUUAUCCCGCUGUAUGCGGACGGUUUAGCCCGGCUGGACCAAGUCAAUCUCUUUGGAAAGGACCACUAUCCGCUCUCGGACGGCAACUGGGUGCCCCCCAGUUAUCAUCAUGAUGAAUCCGAUCGAGAUUCGGCCGAUGUGAACCACGAAAAAGAUGCACAUACCAGUACCAGUCACGAACCAGUAGCCUCGUGGAGUCCAGCCUUAGUGCUGCAGCCUGCUGCCACUCGCUCUUCGCUGUCUUCGUGA